AUAAAAGAAAUGCAAUUUUCAUAUGGGUUUUCCCCCUUUCCAAUUUCCAUUGCUAUUCCUCUCUACAUCGUUUCGAAGAAACUUCCAUUUCACAUUCCGUGACAUAUUUCGUGUUGAUGGGGGGAAGGAGACUUCUUUCAAGAACAUCCAAUUCAUCGUUGUCCGGGAGGAAACAAAAUCAAAAAGAUAAAUCAAGAUGGUUCGCAGAUUCGCAAUCAUCCCCAACCAAAUAAAUUUAUACCUUGAAGGGGUUUGUUGCUUCUAGGGUUUCUUUCGUCCCCAUUUUGGGUGUCAUCGUUUCUCUGUUUCGCUUGAAACUUUUCACAAACAUGUGGUGUGCGUGCACGGUUUGAUUCGGUUUUCGCCACAGGGACAGAGUCAUGGGUUGUGUUUGUUGCAAGUUUCCAUCGUCUUUGUCUGAUGGUGGUAAGAAGAUCAAGCGGAAGAGACGAAAAAACGCCACAGCAGACGAGUUUUCCGAAGUUAUUCCUAUCCCUUCUCACGAUUUCAAGCUGGAGUGUGCCGCGCUUACACGACGGGGGUAUUACCCUGACACCCCGAAUAAAGAUAAUCAAGAUUGUUUCUGUAUCAAAACAAGUAUCCAAGGUAACCCCAAUGUCCACAUCUUCGGUGUUUUCGAUGGCCAUGGUCAUUCCGGCAAGCAAUGUUCAAAUUUCGUCAAGAACAGGCUCAUCGAGAUUCUUUCCAGUGACGAAACAUUGUUGGAAGAUCCCGUAAAAGCUUACAACUCCGCUUUCUCCACAACUAACAACGAACUCCACGACAACCCAGACAUCGACGAUUCCAUGAGUGGCACAACUGCGAUUACUGUCCUUGUUAUAAAUGAUAAGCUUUACGUGGCUAAUGUCGGCGAUUCAAGAGCUGUGAUCUCCGUUAAACCUGACCAUCAAGGUCGUAUAGUUUCUCAAGAUUUAUCUGAUGAUCAAACCCCUUAUAGAAACGAUGAAUGUGAAAGAGUGAAAGAAUGUGGGGCUAGGGUUUUGAGUGUCGAUCAAGUUGAAGGGCUAAAAGAUCCGAGUGUUCAAUCAUGGGGUGAUGAAGAAAGCUCAGGUAGUGAUCCACCACGUUUAUGGAUGCAGAAUGCAAUGUAUCCUGGAACUGCUUUUACACGCAGUGUAGGUGAUAGCCUUGCUGAAAAGAUCGGUGUUAUGGCUGUUCCUGAAGUUUCUGUAACUCAACUCACUCAUAAUCAUCCAUUCUUUGUUCUUGCUAGUGACGGCGUAUUUGAGUUCUUAUCUAGCCAAACUGUUGUUGAUAUGGUUGAUAGAUACAUGGACCCACGAGGGGCGUGUUCUGCUGUGGUUGCGGAAUCAUACAAAUCAUGGUUAGAACAUGAGAAUCGGACGGAUGAUAUAACAAUCAUUGUUGUACAUGUUAACGGAUUAAUCAAUUCCGGCGGUGAAGCUGGCGGAAGUGGUGGCCAACCACCACCAUUGAGACCGGAUGUUAGUCCUCAACAGUCAGAGAUGUAUGGAUCGGUUGCAAGUGAUUUCUCAUGACAUCAUCAUCAUCAUAAUCAUCAAACAAUUUUCAGAAUCACACAUGGGUUCAUGGACACGGGUUGACCCGUUUAAUGGCAUUUUGCCCGUAGGAAAGUACAAGAAUAUGAGAUUAUCACUUGAGUUGAUGGAGGUGGAUGAUGUUUAGGGUUUUGAUUUAAGAAGAAAAAUGUAGCUUAGGUGUAAAUGUAGUUUGUAUGAAGUGUUUGCUGUUGCAAAAUAGAUUCCUACAGAGAAAAUCUAGGGCGAUAUAUAUAAAUGCCACUAUAUUUUGGUAUUUUUUUCAUUUAGUCAUUAUAUUCC